AUGAGUACAGGAGAUUCAGCUCUCCAACAGGAAGGGGGUGGCAAUCUCAGCAUUCAGCUGCCAGAACACCACCCUUUACAGCCAGGGGACUUGGCUGACAUGUCUCCUCUUCGACACUCCCUCUCUCGCUCUGAGAGGAAGCAAUCGUCGAUCAACGUCUUGGGCUUUGACUUGUAUGAUGCAGUUGAGGUAGAACAGAAAGGCUGGCGAGGCGCCAAGGAGUGGGUACCGGGCACGAUCGUGCAAGUGAAUGCUCAUAAUAAUACAUUUGAUGUGAAGGUGUUGAAGCCGAAUCAAGAAGGAGAGGUUCUGGAAAAUGUUAGUCCAGUGAGGAUGAGACGCAUCGCGGAGUCCAGGCAUCCUCACCAACAGAAAGUGGGGCCCGUCCCGGGGGAUUCGCCAACCCACGAUGGACAAGACUUUUUGAAGCAGCGGCAUUUGGGAGCAGCUGACGCCUGUGAGAUCAUGGACGAGUUUAACUUCCAAAUGCAGGCUAGUCUGUUCACCUCUAAGGUACUCAAGCAGCUUGAUUCGGUGCCCGAGUCGGAUCUUAUGGCGGUGUCGCCUUGUGUCAAGUCUCUGGCGCAUAUCAGAGAAAGGACCAGGAGUCGUGUGGAGAGUGGGGAAGGUCCUCUUUUGGACCGUUUCUUCUUCCAAUGCGAUACUGAUGCGGCAGCAGGGCAGGCCUCUGGUUUCCCUACUAGUGCGCAAGUGAUGAAGAUGCUGGAAAGCAUUACCGAUUUCCACGCCAAUUGUCCCUUUACCAACUCGGGUGGGGUGGCGGACGUCGCGAUGGGGACCAACUGUAUCGUAGCUGACCGCAACUGUGAAGAGAUUUGUAGUCCUGAAGCGGUGGUGCGUCUCCUUGACAAGAUGUAUGAACUACUAGAAAUGGAGGCGCCGACUGCUCUUAUUUCUGUAACGGUACCAGCGGACGGGCGGUUAGUUGUGGUUGGUGACACUCAUGGACAGCUGGAGGAUGUCUUGUGGAUGCUGUUCAAACAUGGGGUACCUAACAAGAAUAACGUAUACCUUUUCAAUGGUGACAUUGCUGAUCGCGGAGGCCAUGCUUUGGAGAUCUUCAUACUUUUAUUCCUAUUCAAGUUGCUGUGUCCGCAAAGUGUGUACAUUCUCCGUGGUAAUCACGAGGACGACUACUGUAACUUGAAUUACGGCUUCCUUGCUGAGCUCAGACAUAAAUUUGGCCAAGUUGAAGGUGGUCGUAUGCACAGGGAUUUCCUAAGAGUACAGGCCCGUCUGCCUUUGUCGUGUGUGAUAGACUCUUGGGGUGGCUACUAUCGAUGCCAGCAAACACACAUGCUGGUUCAACUUAAAGUCGGCUCCUCCCCAGUGGCCGUCUCUGACAUGCCUGGGCAGCAUAGGAGAGUGGUACCGGUAUUGCUACGUGAGUGUUCUGGAGAAGAGGAUAUGUCUGGAAGUAGCUCUGGUGAUGAUGAUGACGAGGAGCUGAGUACAGAGAACGGCUGGUAUCAGGGCGGGGUGUCCGAGGAGAGACUCGUAUUUGAUAAACGUGUAGGUGUUAGAGGACUCAAUGAGAAUGGCGAGACAGAAAUAAAAUGGUCAUCGGGAGAUAUAUGGACCUACGUCUCGCCUCGGCUCAUUGUGCUUCAUGGUGGCUUGCCGAUGCAUCCUGGCUCAGGCUCGCCUAUAAGUUCUCAAAGACCCACAGGGGCUUUCGCCUCUCUCUUUUCGGGUUCCUCGGCGAUGGGUCCACAGACGAGCACAAGCCAGGAUGAUGAGGGCAGGAAAUGUGUGCUCCUCAAAUACUUCCAUCAGCUGCCCAACAGAAUGAGAAUCCCCAGUUCUCCUCAAGGAGUGUUCGAACAGUGGAUGUAUCAAAUCCUAUGGAGCGAUCCAAGGGAAGUUGGUGACACUAAAGGGAGGGGUACACCAUUCUACCCGGACGACACGGAACUCUUCUGUGCGAGGAAUAACAUACACACAGUGAUAAGGAGCCACCAGUUGCCGGCUAUGCAAAGAGGCUUCUCCUUCCACCAUAAGCAUAAGCUUAUCACCAUAUUCUCAGCGAGUAACUACUGUGGAACUUCACAGAAUUACGGAGGUCUGUUGAUAUUCACAACGGAGCUCUUCCCAGAGAUACAGUAUUCCCGCAAUCUGUUUGAGCAUUGGAGCCCACCUCUUUCCGUAAUACAGGACGUUUACUCUAAGCAUAAGAAUGCUAGUCAAGACGUAAGGCAGUAUAUCGCGAGGGAAACUGAGUCGGCGAGGAUGCCCACGGACAUGAACAGCAGCUCCAAGUGGCUUUACAUUGAGCAGAAGGUCUCCGAGUACGCGAUGUCGCUGAUCGUGCAGAACAAGAGACAUCUGUGGACUAACCUCUGGACGCGGGAUGAAGAUAAGACGAUGAGGGUUGAUCUUGCAGAUUGGGAAGAUGCCUGUGCUCAAGUGGUCGGACACCAGUUCCCGUGGAGGACGCUAUUUGUACAGCUGGAUAUUGAAGAGGAAGAUGACGGCACAGUCGACUACCUAGACUUCCUGAAUAGAUUCCGGGCAAGCCUUCGAGAUGAGAGUGGUCCGUUCGAUUCCUGGCUGGCCUCGGUCGUUCUGGGAUUCUUUAUGGACAUUCUCAACGCUGAUAUGGCGAUACAACAAGACCUGCUCACUGGGGAGCCUGGAGAGAAUCUCAUUAACUACGAACAGUUCGAGCGGUCUCUCCGAGAUAACUGUCCUGACUUGACCAUCACACAUAUCCAACUGGUGUGGCAAGCCCUAAUCGAGUGUUCGACUCCUGAACGCCGUCGAGCUGGGCUGGUGGAUGCACGCCAGUUCGUGUGUGCCUGUGGGGAGUUCUAUCGUGCUCGAUGGGAUCUACACGAACCUGUCUUUUCGAACUCACAAACGUUGCCGUCGGCCAAUGAGGAGGAGAUGCUCGAGAAAAUUAUGGACUUUCUGCCGAGGCUGAGGGACUCUAUUGAGCAACAAUACGACAACGACACCCAGCGUUUCUUCGAGGAGAAGAUAGAAGGUCCAGCGAAAAAGAAAAUUCCCGGCGCGGUCUCCAACGAAGAUUUCGUCAACGCCUUGACAGCUGAGCUGCCCUCUCUGGGGAUAACGGAGUUGCCGUCUCGAAACUUCCUUGAGCUCACCGCACGGAUGAUGGAGUCCUGCAGUGCGACCAGCAAUGGGCACCCAGCCUCGGGACGAGGGGCGCGGCUGGUCAGCUCGACCAAUAGUGGAUACGUGUCCCUCUUCCGCUUCAUGGCUACUCUUCAUGUUGACGGCACGGAGGCUGGCCGAGUGAUGGCUCAGAAGAUCAUGGAGCAUAGCUGUGCGGCGACCUACUUCCAUCGAAACGCAUUCAAAUGCGCAUGCGCUCGUUUGGACCCGCAAAAUUGUGGGGAGAUAUCAAAGAGGAAUUUCCGUAAAGCCUUUACUGCUUUGAACCAAGCGUUGGAUCCUGAGUGGAGGCUGACGAAAUUGCAAAUAGAUGCGGCUUUGGACCAUUUUGACUGGACAGUUGACGCUGAUGAAGAGUUCACUGAUGGUAGGUGUCUGCUGGGUGUUGCUGGUAGUCAUCAUUCGCGUGGUGAUGGUGGUGGUCAGCGUCCUCUUCUGAUCAAGACAUGAAGUCGGUGGAUGAAGAGCCGCCACCGGCUACAGUGGCGGGACAGGCUAGAAGGCCUACUCUCGGAGCUCUGUCGGCUUCUAAUACUAAUAGCGCUUUGGAGAUGCUCAGAGAACGUUCACGAACCCGUUCCUCGGCUCGACUGAUGCUACCGCCGGGAGUGAGCACAUCAGCACCGAUGGUGCUUGAUCAACCACAGCCGGAACAGCUCGACCAAAAAAUGUGGAUCAAUUACGAUCAGUUCUUGCGAUCAUUCGAGAUUGCUGAUUGGAGGAAGAACAGCCGAGCUGGUUCCUUCGGUUGGCAUUUACUGCGUAACAGUAUGCUCAGAUUUUAGCCGUCGACAUUCGAUAGAACUAUGAGUGGGAAUGAUUAUCAUUACUAUUACUACUGCGGCCUUGCCACAGUGUCCUAUCAUCAGACCUAAGGCGGGCCCUGUGGUCUC